UUAGGGUUUCUGGCAUUUACAACACCAUAAACAAAACCUCCCGCGCCGAGCAACAUUUUGCAGCCAUGGUUCUCAAGACGGAACUUUGCCGUUUUAGCGGUGCCAAGAUCUAUCCUGGAAGGGGCAUCAGGUUUAUCAGAUCGGACUCGCAGGUGUUCCUCUUUGUUAACUCGAAAUGCAAGAGGUACUUCCACAAUCGCCUGAGGCCUGCUAAGCUUUCUUGGACUGCUAUGUACAGGAAACAACAUAAAAAGGAUGCUGCUGCCGAAGCUGUGAAGAAGAGGCGCCGUACCAACAAGAAGCCCUACUCAAGGUCUAUUGUUGGUGCCACCUUAGAAGUUAUUCAGAAAAAACGAGCUGAGAAACCAGAGGUUCGUGAUGCUGCACGUGAAGCUGCUCUACGUGAAAUUAAGGAGAGAAUCAAGAAAACCAAAGAUGAGAAGAAGGCAAAGAAGGCUGAAGUUAUGUCCAAGCAAAAGACUUCCGGAAAGGCCAAUGUGGCCAAGGGAGCAGCACCCAAAGGCCCAAAGAUUGGAGGUGGUGGCGGCAAGCGUUAAAAAGAUUUUACUGCUUUAUAUGUUAUAUGCAUAACGAAUACAAAUGGUUAUAUGCCGUUGCUGUUAUGUGCUGUUUUUUGUUUCAAGCUACGAGUUAUUGUACGCCCUUAAACAUGAUCUUGUGAGGUUAUUAGACUUUUGUUUUUGUUAUAAAUAGCAUUAAUUUUCUUAA